AUGCCGCUUCCUUCUUUAUUAGCACAAUAUAUUGUAAGAACUGAGAUUAAAGUUAAUAAAUGUAAUUUAAAAACAUUUUGUAAGUCAUGUAUAGAAGUAUUAGGAGAAGAAAAAGGUCGUGAAAUAUGUAAUAACGCUUCUCAACCAACUUCUAUCGAACCUAUUUUGGAUAUUAAUAAUGAUCAAGAUUCCGAUAAUUUUAAUAAUUCAAGAAAUAUUACAAAUGAAGAAGCGGCAAUAUUAAUAGAAGAAGAACAUGAAAUAGUACAAGAUGAAUCAGAUAACGAAAUGGAUUUUCAAUUGGAAAAUGAGUUUAAUGAAUAUCUUCAAAAUUGGGCAGAAAUGCUAGAAGGGGAAAGCAUUUUCGAUGAAAAUGAUGAAGAUAUUUUUAAAGAUAAUAUUAUAGAUAAUAUUGUUCAUCCUGCUGUUGACUUAAAUGCUAAAUGGGAAUUGUUAACUCUUUUUAAAAAUGAGUUAAAUUUACCAUUCUAA